UGGUGUACAUUUGGCUGUAGUGGAGAGGGUGAACUCUCUUGUCUUCUCGCUUUCAAGUGACUCUCUGACGGCUGUACUGUACCGGAGAUGCCAAAAUGGCUGCAAGUAAUUACUUCGGCUUCACCCACGCCGCCGGCCCACAGUACAGCACCGCAGUUCCUCCCCCAGCCUACUCGCACCCUUCCACGGCCACCUACAGCGUCCAGCAGGCUCCAGCGGUGCCCCAUGCGGUGACCGCCUCCUACUCUCCGGCUACGGUCCAGGCGGCCCAGCCGGUGGUCACCUCUCCUUACGCCGCCUAUCAGAGCCACCAGCCGCCGCCAGACUACGCCUACAGGCCGCCAGACCCCCCUGCACCUCCGCAGCCCACCACCACUCCACAAACAUAUCAGGUGUACUCCGACGCGGACAACUACAGCUUUGCCCGUCCUGCUGUUGUGACCACCUAUGACAACAAACAGUACUACCAGACAAGUGCCGCUCCAGCCCAGAGGAGUUCCACUGACAGUUACUACCCGGCUGUGGGCGUGAAGAGCGAGUACAGUCCCGCCCCCACCACCGUGUACAGCCACCCUCCUCCUCCCCAGCGGCAGGUAACAGCGCUGAAACAAGUGGCCCCGAGCAGCACGGUGUCCGCCAGCUACAACAUCUACCCGGUGUCCUGCAGUGCGGCAGUGCAGCCGCCGCAAACGUCCAUCUCGUCCUACACCCUCGGCUCCACGUACAGCUCCACCGCGUCAGCCACCUCCUACUCCGGCAUCAGCUACCCCGGUUAUGAUUCAACCGGCUACACCUCCACAUCCGCCCCCACCUAUUACCAGCCGGCUCAGCAGACUCUGUCGCAGCCUCAGCCCGCCUCCCAUCUGCCUCAGCAACAACAGCUUCAACACCCGCAGCCACCCAAGCAGCUGACGAGCACUCCCUGGAUCAACCCCGGCAGCAACAUGGUGACAAGCCCGGCGGGAAGCUCCUACAAGAAGCCAUCUUUUUACCAGAACAAGAUGCAGAAGCCCAAAGGGCCUGCCAAGCAACCCCAGCUGCAUUACUGUGACAUUUGUAAGAUCAGCUGCGCUGGCCCUCAGACAUACCGGGAGCAUCUGGAGGGCCAGAAACAUAAGAAAAAAGAGGCAGCCCAGAAAAGUAGUGGCCAGACAGGCCCCAGCUUUGCCCCCCGAGGGGUCCAGUCUCAGUUACGCUGCGAAUUGUGUGACAUUUCCUGCACUGGAGUUGACGCUUACGCCGCACACAUCCGCGGGGCCAAACACCAGAAGGUGGUGAAACUACACACCAAGCUGGGCAAGCCUAUCCCUUCCACCGAGCCCGUGUUGCUGAAUUCCUCAUCAACUGUCACCACGUCAACAGCUGCCAAACACCCGGCCUCCACCGCUGUCGUUGCCUCAGCAACAACUGUUUCAACUCCCGCCGUCACGUCCAAACCCAACACUGUGGGAAAAACCCUCACGAUGGUCAAGAAAACGGCUCCCUUCAAAAUAACUUUCACUUCCAAUAAGUCAACCAGCUCUCCAGCAGCAGCAGUGAAAGGGGAAGAGACCCUGCAACCAGCACCUGCUUCAAAGGCGGAGCUCCAGAGCGAGGAUGAGGAUGGCGACAGGGCUGGUGGCCUGGGGGACAUCCAACCCGUCGGGCAUGACUAUAUCGAGGAGGUGUGUAACAGUGAAGGCAAAGUGAUCCGCUUCCACUGCAAGUUAUGUGAAUGCAGCUUCAAUGACCCAAAUGCUAAAAACAUGCACCUGAAGGGAAGAAGACACAGACUCCAGUACAAGAGGAAAGUGAACCCGGAGCUCCCCGUGGAGAUCAAACCAAGUAACCGAGCCAGGAAGCUGCAGGAGACCAAACUGAAGAAACAGAAGGCGGUGCUGAAAAGGCAGCGAGACGACGAGCAGCGCUGGCACAUGGAGAUGAGGCGAUACGAGGAGGAUAUGUACUGGAGAAGGAUGGAGGAGGAGCAAAUGUACUGGGGUGAGCAGAGGCGCAGGAUGGGACCCCCGCCUUUGAUGAGUCGCCCGGGUAUGCCAGUGCCUCCUCUGUUGCCGUGCGUGCGUCGUCCAGAGUCGCCCGACGACCGUCACGUCAUGACCAGACACGCCACCAUAUACCCGGGGGAGCUGGAGCUGCAGGCCGUUCAGAGGAUCGUCUCCCACUCGGAACGAGCCCUGAAGCUGGUGUCCGACACCCUGCUGGAGAAGGACAUGACACCCAGUGCUGCUGCUGCUGCUGCUGAAGGUGAACAACAAAAAAGUACUGAGAGCACAGCACGUCUGCUGAAAGGUGUGAUGCGGGUGGGCAUCCUCGCCAAGGGCCUGCUGCUCCGAGGUGACACUAAUGUUGAGCUCACCGUGCUGUCUACUAAAAAACCCAGUGUCGCUCUACUCAAGAGUAUCGCUGAACAGCUGCCCAAACAACUGGCGACAUUUUCUGAAGAUCAGUAUGAGGUGCAGGCUCACCCCGAGGAGGCCAACAUCGUCAUAUUAUCGAGCAAGGAGCCCGUAAUGCAGGUGACCGUUGCUCUCACCUCGCCGCUCAUGAGGGACGACCCUGCUGCUGAGAAGGACAAGCAGGCAGGAGGAAAAGCGGCUGAGAAAGCAGACGUGGUGGCAGAGAAAGACCCUCCGGAUCUGCUGGACGAGAAGAAAUGUCAGGAACACCUGGCCGCGCUGCGCCAUGCCAAAUGGUUUCAGGCUCGUGCCAACGGUCUGCAGUCCUGUGUGAUCAUCAUUCGAAUCCUCCGUGAUUUAUGUCAGCGUGUGCCCGCCUGGGGGAAGAUGCCAAGCUGGGCGCUGGAGCUGCUGGUGGAGAAGGCGAUCAGCAGUGCGACAGGCCCGCUCAGCCCAGGAGAGGCCUUGCGCAGGGUGCUGGAAUGCUUGGCCACGGGCAUCCUGCUGUCAGAGGGGACCGGCUUGUGGGACCCCUGCGAGAAGGAGCCCACAGAUGCUUUGCAGAGCAUGACUGUCGAAGACCGGGAGUACCUGACCGCCAGCGCACAGCACGCGCUACGGCAGCUCGCCUUCCGCCAGAUCCACAAAGUCCUCGGCAUUGACUCCCUGGCCGCGUCCAAGAUCGGCGCUCGCAAACGCAGACGGGACGUGGGCGACACUAGCGAAGGCGAGGCGGAUGGCAAAAAGGAAAAGAAGGACGAGACUUCAAGAGCUUGACGUCCAAAAAGUGCAGCUUGUUAGUUUAGAGUCCCGUUAGAAUGUCACAAUUUAAAAUAAUCAGAAUGAAGCAAUCUUAACCACACGUGCUACAGAGUGCAGAGGCCGAUCUCAUUUUCCAGUACGAUCAUUACUUACAGAUGUAGAUGUGUGCACAGUAUGCAUCAUUCCAUUUCAUUUCAACUGCGCACUAAUGCCUCUGCAGCUUUUGAUUAGUCACAUGCAACUCUGCAGCAGUCGUGUCCUUUUUUUUUCUCUACAGACUCAACAAAGGUGGUUUAAAAGUGUGUUCAGCCUCGUUCACACUGCAGGUCAAAUCUGAUCUUUUGACCCAUAUGGGACCUGAAUCUGAUUUUUUUUUCACAUCAAUGUGAACAGCGCAAUUCCAAAAUGUUCAAAUCCGACCGACCGAUGCAUGUGUAGAUAUAAAUCGGAUAUGUAUCAAAUGCAACGGCAGUCGCAAUUAUCCCACCAAUACGUCAUUAAAUAGCAGUGAACGUCACAAUUUUUGGCCAAAAUAGACUUUUGCAAAAUUAAUGUUGUAUAUUCCGGACUAUACAGUGCCGCACCCACUAAAUUUGAAAAGAAAAUAAUAUUUUUCCUAAAUUAGCCACACCGGACUGCUGCAGAUAUGUACGUCGCAAAAUGAGUUAUUUACUCAGAAAUGUAAAUUAUUUGUUACCAAAUAAUGCUUGUAAACACGGCUGUAAAACGGCCGAUCAAACAAAACAGAAGUCAUCGUCAUGGACCCACUGGCUGCGCAAGCUAGCUUUCCAAUCAGCUUGGUGAUUUUACUGAGGAAUUUGUGAAACUGGAACAACAGAAACAAAAAUGACAUUGUAAGGUAAUCGUACUAAUACAGACACCCGUGAAUGUGUUAGCAUAUUAGCUAAUGCCAUUGACGCUAGCUUCAUCACAUUACGAUAGCUCGUACAAUUAUGCAUGACACACUCCCACAGACAUCACACGUGGGAUGGCUUAGUCAGUAAGAAUUGUUAUAUUGUAAAACUUAUGAACGUUGCUUGGAGUAAUGAAUGAAGAAUCCUUCCAUCCAUUUCUACCGCUUGUCUCUUUCAGAAUCGCGGUGGGUGCCUGAGUCUAUCCGUACGUGUAAAAAUGCUACUGACGGCUAAAAGCCUGAACGGCACUUUUACUUCCAGUUGAAAGGACUAAAUAGAAGGACACUGCAGCACUUGCAAUGAGCGAACUCGUCCAAAAGAUGGCGCCAUAGCACAAAUUGCCUGUUGUUUUUUAAACUAUUGCAUUAUGACCAUCACCAAAGAAAAAUCCAGUAAGAUUUCUAUAACCUGCAGGGUUCAAAACUUUGAAAAAAAGUAGCGGCUUGUAGUCCGGAAUUUACAAAUGAGUAGAAAACCGUCGAAAAGAAAACUCUUUAAGCAGACGUCGGAGCAAACGUCUCACAAACAGUGAAAGCCAAAAUUGAUUAAUGUUUUACGCACCAUUAUGCGGAUCAGAAAAUGUUGACUUUGAUUGCACAAAACCCUUGAAAUUGCAACUAAUGGGCCUAGAACCAAAGCCAUGGUCACGACCUCCGUGAACACUGCACUACGUGUGACCUCAUUUCUGCAUGCGGCUCAAAUUGGUUUCCUAAUGUGAACGAUUGCAUCAAAAUAGCGGAUUUGACAAGAGUGUUCGAAUUGGACAUCCUUCCCUGCGGUGUGGACUUGGCCCGUGAGAGAGUAAAAAGGAGGUUGACGGCCAGUGACUGCAGACUAGGAGGCACAAUCAGAGCUGCAAUCAAUGGACACGUCCAUCAAUGUUUAAAAAUCCUGGAUACAAAGUAAAAAAAAACACCUUAAAAUAAGAAUGAAGUCAAAGUAUUUAGCAAGUGAUUAUUAGGAGCAUGUCUGACUGAAUAUGCAGUGAUCUAUUGCAGCCAGUUCUCAAAGUGAAUAUCAUCCGGCCAGACUUGUUUAUCCUUUGUCCUAAAAAUCUAUUCAUCUUCAUUUUGUAUGACGCAAGUUAGCUUAGCCAGGUAUCAUUUCCUUUCGAGAUUUUUUAUUUUUUUUUGAAGCUGCUGCCAGAAAUGUAUGUGGAAAACCUCUGCUCUUGUGGUUUCCUGCAACCUGCAGUUUGCAGUACACUGAAGGAAGGGGAGGAGUCACCGGGGCGACUGCGCAACAAUUUGGCCUAAAAGGUGACGAGGAUGAUGUAUUUUUAGUUGCUAAGAGCCAACCAAUUUUAUUUCUAAAGAAUGUCUCUGUCAUCAAAAUUGUAAAAAAACAAAACUGUUGCUACCCUUCCCCCCGCCCAGUUAGAUGUGUUAUAAGACACUUUUAAGCCAGUUUGUCCUUUACAGUUGUAUUAUUGGUUUGAAGCAGAUGUAAAUAAACAGUCAUGGAGACAAAAAAAAAGCA